AAUUGUCUGGCUGGCUACAGCAGCUUAGCUUUCGACUUACAAUUCCAUUUGUGUGCUGCCUUCCGUAUAGUGCGCGCAUCUCCGGACGGCUUAUUUUAUAAGCGAGCAUCGAAGUAUCUGAAUCAAUACUCAGUGUUUCUUGUUUAUUAAUGAAUGUUUUAUUGUUCUUGUGAUCGGCGCUAAAAGUGCUUCUGAUAAAUUGUUGUUGUUUACACUCGACCAGAAAAAAAGAUGCUUCAAACGCGCACAUGGAUCGCGUUAUCUUUUGUCUUAUUUCUUUGCUUGUAUUUUAGUGAUGCGCUAAUACAAGACGAGGACGAUGCUUCAUCAACGGAAUCCUCCGCAGAGGUUGAUCUUUCCAGCGAUGCAAAAGACGAUCAUAAUGUACGUGUAACCGAGAAUCGUUUAGCUGCACAGCUAUUCGCCGUUCUUGAGCACUUUAAGCAAGAAGAUCCAGUGGGUCUUCCGGGUGCACCGAUUCCAGAUCCCAUGGAGGUGCCGGAUAUUCGUAAAAGUAUCGGCAUGGGUACGUUGAGUAUGUCCAAGAUGAAAGCCUAUGGACUGUCGAAAUUUCGUAUCGACUCUGUUAAUGCGGACUUACAGCAAAUGGUGGUAAGUAAGAAGAACUAA